CGGGGUAUUUCAUUAAUUGUCAAAAAAAGACGAACUUUUUUUACUCGCUCUCGAAAUUUCAAGGAUACCAACGUCAACGAAGCAGAGACGGAAAGAAAGGAGUAGUAACAGCUAGCAGGCUACACUUCCCUCGCUUUACUUGCUUCUAGUUUUCAUUCAGAGCUUGCUUCUGAUUUAGAAAUUUCAGAUGGUGAAGCUCUUGAAAUUUUGAAGGUAGCAUCAUCACCUGGUAGUCUGAUGGAUGGAUUGGAUGGAAGCAAUGCUAUUCUACAACAAGAACAACAACAACAAAGCCUCAAUCCCAAAGACUGGAUUGCAGUUGAUCCACAAAAUGCCUGGGAUCUGCUUCAUGAAGAGAGGUCUUUGAUGACACGCCUUACCACAUCCUGUGCGGAUUUGGAUGACAUCCUAGGUGGAGGAAUAAGUUGCAAACAAGUUACAGAAAUCGGUGGAGUACCAGGCAUUGGUAAAACACAGCUGGGGAUCCAACUUGCUGUCAAUGUUCAAAUGCCAUCUUAUUGUGGUGGCCUAGGAGGAAAGGCAAUUUAUAUAGAAGGUAGUUUUAUGGGAGAGCGUGCUCAAGAAAUUGCUGAAGCAUGCAUAGAGGACAUUUCAGAAUAUAAAAGGUUCUUACACAAGGAUUCACAAGCCUGCCAAGGUGAAAUCCAGGGCAAGGAUGUCCUACAAAACAUAUACUUUUUCCGCAUCUGCAGUUAUACAGAGCAAAUUGCCCUGAUAAAUUACUUGGAAGAGUUCAUUUCAGAUCACAAAGAUGUUAAGAUUGUUGUCAUUGAUAGUGUUGCUUUCCACUUCCGUCAAGGUUUUGAAGACCUGGCCCUCAGGACCCGAAUACUUGGUGAAAUGGCAUUAAAGCUUGUGAAGCUUGCAAAAAUGUGCAAUUUAGCGGUGGUUUUAUUGAAUCAAGUGACAACUAAGUACAUGGAAGGUUCCUUCCAAUUAUCAUUUUCAUUGGGUGAUAGGUGGUCACGUUGUUGCACUAAUCGGAUCAUUUUGUACUGGAACAGAAAUGAACGAUAUGCAUACAUUGACAAGUCACCUUACCUUAGACCAGCAGCAGCACCUUAUUCUGUGACUGGUAGAGGGAUCCGAAAUUCUGCUCCGCACUGUAAACGUACAUCAUAUCAUGAAACAAAAGCGGUUCUCAUCAACUCAAGUCCAGUUUUGAUCAUUGUUUGGACUCAUUUCCUGAACUGCAACCUGGCUAUCUGGAGUUGUCGGACAGUGGUAGUGGUUGUGGUAAAGAUUAUUUUUUAAUAUAUUUUUUAUUUAAAAAUAUAUUUAAAAAAUAUUUUUUAUACUACUAUAUUAAAACAAUAAAAAACACAAAUAUUUAAAAAUUAGUGAAAACAUAAAAAAAAAUAGUAAAAAUUAGCAAAACACUAUACGCUUUUAAUAUUACUGUUUUCUACAGAUAAGAUUUUUUCAGGCUAACAUUACUUGUGUCUGUUAUCAAUUGAGAUUUUUCAAUUCCUUAAUGUCAACAUUUUUAAUUUGAUUUUCACAAAUGGUACCGACAUGAACAUCGACAAGAGGUGGGAUGGCUUCUGUUGGAGACUUUUACUGGUAUUUUGAUGUGAUUGAACCAGCAGAAUGAUCGACAAUGUGGGCAGAUUAAUCUAGCAAGCUCCUUUUGUAAUUCCUUGCUAAUAUAAAUUGCUCACCAAAUUAAAGAUUA